AUGUGGCAGCAACGUGCUUUGCGAAGUGCGUGGAGCGAUCGCAUCACGUGGCUUGCAUACGUGGCAACCAACAGCGCGCCCGAGGCUCGCAUCGACCGCCAUGGGCUGCAGAUGAAGAGUACACCAAGCAAUGCUGCCCGUGAGCGACAACAACACGAGGCGUCGUCCCAAGCGACGGUGGCGAGAUCGCGACCACGGUCCCGGUCCCAGGAACGGAUCCAUCACUCCGCAUACGGCGUCACACCACCAGCCGCUCCCCAGCAGCACCAACAGCCACAGCAACAGCAAUACUACCCUCCAGCUACAGGAUACGGCCAAUCGCACCCAGCACAGGCGCCACCGCCAAACCCUGUCUCUCAGCAAGAUCUCGAGCAGAUGUCCCUGACUGACCUUGAGCGCCUCCUGGCACAGCGGCGCCAGGAGCGGGUGCACCGACCCCAGUCCACGCCGGUCGAGGAAGGGCUGUACCAUGCCCACUCCUACCGCGUGCCGGAUGCAGCGUCCAGCCGCCCCAAGAGCUACGGCGCACCGCAACAACAGCAGCAACAACGCCCGGGCGGCCCCUCAUGGCUGGCAGAUGCAGACACAAUAUCUGCCCAGGCGGCAUCGCGGGCCGCGUCGCGUCGCUCCACCCGCAGCCUGACAACACCAGGCCAACAGCAGCAGCAGCAGCAACAGCCGUCGCCAGCACUGCAGCAGCAGGACCGUGUGGCGGCACAGCGCGCAUAUGCGGAGGAGCUUGAGCGGCAGAUUGCAGACAAGAAGCGACGGGAAAAGGCCAUGAAAUACGGCGGGGGCGAUGACGCGGGCGUCUCAUUUGUGGACCUCGACAGGCACAAGGACAAGCAGGGUGGCUGGCGAGAUGGAAACGAUGAAAAGACGCCGCAGCGGCAGCCACCGCGCCGCUACCAACAGCAGCAGCAGGACGACACAAUGGCCGCCACCCAGCGCCCAGGUCUCGUACGUCACACCAGCUCCCGUGAAGGCCCCAGGGGAGGCGGCGGUGGUAACGCCUUCCAACAGCAGCAGCAGCAGCAGUUCCCACAGCAACAACAGCAGCAGUUUGUGCCUGGUGGCGGCGUGUACGGAGGCGGGUUUGCGCCACAGCCCAUGGGAAUGCCCGUGAGCAUGCCCAUGUAUGGCGCGUCCCCGUACUCAGCCUUCCCCGCCGUUCAGCCCUAUGCACCGCCACCACCACAGCAGCAGCAGCAGGCGUACGUUGCCCCGUUUGUAACGCCGGCGGGACCGCCGCUGUACGGGCAGGCGCCGAUGCCGCCGGCCGCCGUGGAGCCGCCAGUCUCUGGCGAACACGUGCAUCACGUGCGGGUGCACGGCGACGAAGGCAGCGGCAGUGGCGGCGGUGGCGGCGGCGGCGGCUGGGACAGCAACCAGUACACCCAGCACUACCAGAACUCCCCGCAUGCGAAAGGCGUUGCACCCGGCGUCGGCCCGCCCGGCCAGAGCAAGAAGUCGUACGCCGAAGAGCUGCGGGAGCAAAUGCGGCUGAAGAAAGAGCGAGAUGAGCAGAAGAAACGCGAACGCGAUGCAUGGGAGGCAAAGAAGGACCAAGAAAUUGCGGAUUACAACCCGUGGGGUCGCGCUGGUGCAGGUGCGCCUUCAAAGAAGACGCAACAACAACAACAGCAACAGCAGCAGCAGCAGCAGCAGCAGCCGCCGCCACAACAACAGCAGCCGCCACCGCAGUACGGCGGACCGCAGCAGCCUGCGCCGGUGGAGUCGCCGGGUGUGCCCGGCGGUGGACAGCACUCGUCGUCGCGGGUGACGGUGGUGGCGCAACCGGGCGAUGAGCAGCGACGCCAGGCCAGGCUCAAGCAGCAGGAGGAACUAAGGCAGCAAAUUGAGGAGAAGCGGCGGAAGAAGAUGGAGGAGGAAGCGAAGCAGAAACAGGAGGAAGCACAGGAGCAAGAGCGCAUUCGACGCGAACAGGAGCGGCUGAAGCAGAUGUUCGAGGAAGAGCAGCGGUUGCAGCGCGAAAAGGAGGAGAAGGCACGGAAAGAGGCCGAACUCCAGAAGCAACAGAUUGAGGAGAAGCGCCAGCGAAUGCGCAAAGAGGCAGAGGAACGCGAGCGAAAGGCACAAGAGAAAUUUGAGCGGGAGCAGAAGGAGAAAGCGGAACGCGAAGCAGAGGAGAUGCGACGCGAACAACAACAGCAACCGCAACAGCAGCAGCAGCCACAACAAAACCAACAGCCACAACAGCAGCAACCGCAGCCACAGCAGACGAGUACGGGCCGUCCGUCGUCCCCGCCGAUUCCGGCGCUCGCGCACCAGCAGCAGUCGGCCCAAAGGCCGGCGUCACCGCCUAUUCCAACGAUGCGCCAGCAGCCACCACAGCAACAAGCAUAUCCGCAGCAGCAGCAACAACAAGCAUAUCCGCAGCAGCAGCAACAACAACAACAACAGCAGCAGUAUCAGCAGCAGCAGCAAUAUCAGCAGCAGCGCGUACAGAAUGUACCAGCCCAGGCGCCCAGCCAUCCUCCCCCUCGCCCACCAGCCAGCAUGCAGCGAGAACCAACAGAGGGAGAGGAGAUGAUGGCGAAACUGGCAGACGUGCGGCGCAAAAUUCAGAUGAAGAAGGAAUCUGUCGGGCACACGAUGAAGCUGGGACAGCAGCAGCUGGACCGUCUCCGUCGCGAUUCCGAGAAGCAGAAGCUGCAGACGGCCGACGACAUCUUCGACCGCGUACGGCGCCAAACAGCCGACCAUCACCACCACCACCACCACCACCAGCAACAGCAGCAGCAGCAGAUUCAGCGAGCACAGCCGGGGUUGGAUUCAAAGGUGUCGGAAGCGCAUCAGGGCGCCAGCAAUGACGGCAGUGAAGUUGAUACAGCUGUGCGUGCGUUCAACGACCUGAAGUAUGGCGAGCACCUCGGCUCCGGCUCGGCCCAGCAGGAGUUCCGGUCCAUGUUUCCGAAACCGCCCGCGUCCGAUGCUGAGGUCGACAAGCAGCAGCGAGCCCUUCUCGACCAGCAGGCACGUGAGCUGGAGCAGCUGCGAGAGGGCGUGCACCAAGAUGCAAACGGCAAGGCGCUGACUCGGGAGCUGUCACAGAGCGCCAUUUCGCGCCAGUCGUUCAACAUUGACGCCGUUGCCCGUCGCAACCAGCAGCGCCUCCAGGAUCUGCAGCGCCGCCAGCUCGCCUCAAAUCAGGACGACGAGGCAUCGCCAGAGGACCUCAUUCAACGCUUUCUCCAACAACGCGGGGAUGAGAGUGGUCGCCAGGCUGCUGCGCCGCCGCCGUCGCUGCCUCGGUCCAUCACCAACCUGCUGCCAAGCGAAUCAGACGACGUGUCCCUCAUCGCCGACACCACCUUUGCGCCAACAACGGACAAGCGAUGACCGGCUCUGCCUGCGUUGUAGAUGAUUUGUGAAUGUCUUUUGUUCAUUUUCGGCAAUCC